AUGGCCCUCAACGAAAUCGACCGCGAUGAGGCGGUGCCCGGCACGGUCCGGCUCGUCGACGUCAGCGGCGGAUCUUCCGAUGCUCACGACAAUUCUCAGGCCGACAUUGUCCCGGUGCCUCGACCAAGUGCCGACCCAAACGACCCGUUGAACUGGAGCCAUGCCCGCAAGCUCCGGACAGUCAAUAUGGCUUACCUCUACAUCCUCGGAACCGGCAUCGCAACCUCUCUACAGUACUCGGUGCUGGCCGACAUCACGGCUGACACGGGCAUAUCAACGGCGGACCUAGUCCAGGGUACCGGUCUCAUGUUUCUCUUCUUCGGUUGGGCGUGCUUGAUAUGGCAGCCGAUUGCUCUGACCUACGGCCGCCGCGGUGUUUACCUAGUUACUAUGCUUCUCACCGUCGCCAUGAUGGAGUGGACUGCUAGGUCGAGUUCGGCCAGUGAAUGGAUGGCCCACCGUAUCCUCAUCGGCGUCAUCGUCUCCCCCAUCGAAUCCUUGUGCGAGGUCACCGUCUUCGAUCUCUUCUUCGCCCACAACCGUGGAACCUACAUGGGACUCUACGUCUUCACCCUGUUCGGAUCCAACUUCCUGGCCCCUCUUGUAGCCGGUUGGUUCAACGACGCAUACGGCUGGCGGUGGACAAUGCACCUGGGCAGCAUCGUGUGCGGCGUUUGCUUUAUCAUAAUGUUCCUCUUCAUGGAGGAGACCAUAUACUUCCGCACCGACGAGGUAGCCAGCGAGCAGAGCUCCAUCUCUGACAUGAAGAAGGAGGGCACCACCACCACCACCGAGGUACCCGAGAGCCAGAUCGAGUACCCCAACAUCAACGCCGGCUGGCACAAGUACACAUUUUUCAAGGCCCUGCCCGGCCGCCCCACCAACGGUGACAUGCUGCGCAUGGCCUACCGCCCCAUCAUCAUGAUCUUCAGGCUCCCCACCGUGGCCUGGUCCGGUUUCCUCUACGGUAUCAACCUGUCCUGGUACAACGUGCUCAACGGCACCGCCAGCCCCGUCCUCACCGCAAACCCCUACAACUUCUCCGCCGCGCUCGUCGGCUGCGUCUACGCCGGACCCAUCAUCGGUGCCGCCUGCGCCUCGCUCUGGUCCGGCAACGCGGCCGACUGGCUUGCUCUGCGUCUUGCGCGCCGCAACAACGGCAUCCGCGAGCCCGAGCACCGCCUGUGGGUUCUCCUGCUCGCCGGCGUCAUGUCCUCGGCCGGCCUCAUCACCUGGGGCGUGGGAGCCUACUACAACGUGCACUGGAUCGGGCUCGUCUUUGGCCUCGGCAUGCUCACCUUUGGCGUGGUGACGGGCGGCUCCAUCGCCGUGAGCUACAACGUCGACUGCUUCAAGGAGAUCGCCGGAGAGACGACCGUGUCGGUCAUGCUGAUCAGGAACACCAUCGGGUUCGGCAUCAGCUAUGGAAUCACCCCUUGGUGGACCACCCAGGGUCUGCAGAACUGCUUCAUCACCGCCGCCAUGAUUUCCCUUGCUUGCACGUUUACUUUUUUCAUCAUGAUCAAGUACGGCAAGCGGAUACGUCGCUGGUCCAUUCCUGCUUACAAGCAAUUCAUGGCCACUACCGUAGUUGCACAGGAGUAA